CAUAUAUGAAGCCAGUCGUGCAGAACAUCACUAUUAAAACUAUUGAUGCGAAGAAGCCUAACUAUGAUAUCACCUUUUUGGAAAAGUACCUUAAGAAGCACAAGCCCCACUUUACAAAGAGAAAGCUCAAAUUUGACCGAACGCACAAGCUUAAGAAAGAAUCCUUUUCUUCGGAAGUUAUAGAGCUCAAGGGAAGAAGGACAGGGAGUAUUACGCAUCAGAAUUUGGAACAGGAUUUUAUAAAUGCACGAGUCGUGCCGACACAGAAGAGUAAUUAAGAAACCAAGUUCAAAAAUUACGUGAAGGUAUAUGUCUGCGAUAAAGAGGAGAAGAUUUAGAUGUAAUACUGGCUCGAAUAAGACAACGUUUGAUAUAAAGGAUAGGACCAGGGGUACUCACCAGAACAAAAAAUUUAAAAUUAGCUUAGCAAGAAGUACCAGAAAACAUCAUCUUAUAUGACAUAGCAAGCCUGUGACUCCUAUUCAGAAUAGAAGAGGGUUAAGUAAUAGGUCUCGAGUACUUCGAACUGAACCAAGCCGUACCCAAGAAUAUAUUCCUAUCGAACUACUUCAAAAACUAAGAAUUUUAGAAGAGGAGAUUAAAAAGAAAAAGCAUGCCAUAGUUGAAGAGAGGCAACGAAAGACAGCACUCCUAGAAGAAAAUACUAGUCUAAUGAAGACCAACAGAUUUCUGACACAGCAGGAUCUUACUACUACAUCUUCUUCCUUCACCAUUAACGCUAGGGUAGCCGAGAAUAUUUAUGAGAACUUCAUGAUCAAGGAUCUCAAGGAUGACCUGGAGAGGAUCCAGAUCCAAAUCGACGAUCAUAAUGGCAAGAAUAAAUACAAACAACAUGAUAUUGAAGCAAUCAAGAAGGACAAUAAGGCACUCAGGCUUACUGUAGAGGAAGUUAAGAAGUACAAGAAGGUCCUUGACACUAAGGUCAAGGAGAGUAAAAAUGUAGAGAAAGUUGUUAAGCUUAAUGACUUCUCAUAUAGAAGAAAUAAUACAAUUGGAGUCAGCCCCUCAGGAAGAGGCCGAGGGGAAACAAGCUCCUAUGGGUUCUCUGGCAGCCAAGAACUUGUCAGAAUAGAGCGGCUUACUUCAGCACUCAGUUCUCUGUUUAAAUUUGAUAGCUUGCUAGAUACUUUUAUUCAUUGCGUCGAUGAAAUGAAGCGAAUCAUGAAUAGAGAGUUAAAAAUAAAUAUUUACCUACUCGAUGAGUCUCUUUACCAUAAAAUUAUAUUCAAUAUGGAUGUCUCGAAGUCAAGAUUUCUAUCAAAAGGGUCAAUAGACUCUGUGAGCUAUCAUGUGUUCACUAAUAACAAUACAGGAAGGGUUAGCCCGUCAUUCAAAAAUAUUGAAAGCAUUAAAUUCGGCUCACGUAGUAAUGAUGUGAUGAUCUUGCCUGUUGGAAAUUCCUACUCAGACAUUAUGAUGAUAGCUGAGUGUAAAAUCUCAGUAGAGGUGGAGAAAUCUCCAAGCAGGAUGGUUGAAUCUAAACCAGAUAAUUCCUCUUACACCUCUGAGGUUGAUGAAUUCAGUAAUAACGGAGGGAGUAAUAACAUGGCUGCUACUGUUAAAAGUAUCAGUAUCACCAAGGGAGGGUUCAACAUUCUUGAUGAAUUCACCUUUAAAAUACUACUUGAGUUUGUUAAGAAACGGAUUGAGAUUAUUACUUCUAAAAAGGAUGCUAUGAUAAGGAAACAAACUGGAAAGAACUUGAUUAACCUCCUUGGCGAUAUUAUGAGAAAAAGCACUCUGACGAGGCUCAUAAUUCAUUGGAAAGAAGUUCUACCAAAAUUCUUUGGAUUCAAGGAUGUUGGAAUCCUAUUUUAUGACCCUGUCAAAGACGAUCUUUGAGCUGCAGGAGAAAUCAACUCUGAGUUUUCUCAAAAGAUGGUUGGGCUAGACUCAGAGACAGUGAUUAGAUUUCCAAAUACAAUAGGAGUGACUGGGCAGGCCUUUAAAUAACUCAAGUGUGAUUUCAAGGAAUACUCCAAAUCUGAACCCGAUAAUAGACAAUAUCAGCAACCAAGGAGAAGUCGCCAACUUCAUGAUAGGAGUAAUUCUGGGUGAUGAAGAUAAAAAGGCAGGAAUUCUCCAAUUCAUAAACAAAGUUGGUGGAGAAGACGUCAAAAAUUACGACAUCCAGAGAUUCAAAGCAAUGAGACAUUUCUUAGGCAGCUGAGCAGAGAAUGUAUCACUCACUGCUGUUGCCAUUAAUUUAGUCAUCAUGGUACAAGGAAAAAUCGGAGGUGUCUCUGAUUGCUUAGAAAUAUGCGACAAAAACCAGAAUGAAAAGAGUAGAAAAAUAGACUACCUGGAUAAAAGCGUGAGCCAGAUAAAGCGCAAGGCUGACGAUGAGAUAAAGCAGCACUUAGAAGCUGUCAGUCUCAUCCCAGAGCUAGAGACCUUCCUUCACAAAGCCAGCUUGCUACUUUCUGAUGCUAAAUAUUAACUUCAGCAGGAGAUGUCAAGAAG